CUCAGCAGCUGAGUGGCUGUCCGCCGAGCUUGGCUGGAGUCUGUUUCUGUUUGUAAACACGACUUGAGCGGAGGCAAGCGUGGAGAGACGGUGUAGCAAUGGCAGAGAAGGAUGACGGCGAAAUAAUCGAGCACCACGUCUGCGAGGAAAUGGAAAAGAAAACGAAUCGCAAUCUAGAUUCCCAUUCAUUUCUAGAAAGUGUAACCCCAUCGGAGAAAGAGGGAAGCAGUAGUACGCAGUCUUCGCACCGGCUACUGGCGUAUAGUGAUGCGCUCAUUUCUAUCAUCGCCACUGUCAUGAUUCUACCUGUUUCACAUACACAAAUAGAGCCAGACAAGGAACUGCAAGAAAGUUUACAACGGGUUUUAGCAGCAAAAAUUGCAGUGUACCUGACAACCUUCCUAAUAGUUACUGUGGCCUGGUCAGCACAUGUAAGGUUGUUUCAAGUGAUUGAACGCAUAGAUGACUUUUUGGCACUUCUUAACUUGGCGUGCAUGAUGCUAAUAACUUUCCUGCCAUAUACAUUUUCACUGAUGGUGACCUUUCAACAAGACUCCUUUGGAAUUCUAUUGUUUUGCUGUUGUGCUAUUGUUAUUGGUCUAAUUCAGGCUGUUAUUGUUGUUUAUGGAUUUGACCAACCCCAUCUACUGAAUGGCCAAAUUCAAAUAUCUGAAAACCAGACCUUCUACAAAUACCAUAUCUUAAAGAUUAUCUUGAGAGUCCCAGUUUUCUGUUUUUUGGCUGGGAUAUUUUCCUUUAUAUAUUCCCCUCUUUCAUAUGUUUUCCUUGGAGUGGUUAUAUUCCUUCCUUACAUUACUCAUCCUUUAAAAUGGUGUUGGGCCAAGGCAGUGGGUCACCAAGAAGAACAACCAAAUGGCAUGAUGUUCUACUCAUAUCAUCCAAAUGAACCUCUAAGCAAAGAGCGAAUAGAAUCUUUCAGUGAUGGUGUAUAUGCAAUUGUAGCCACUCUUUUGAUUUUGGACAUAUGUGAAGACAAUGUUCCAGAUCCCAGUAAAGUGAGAGAGGAAUUUGAAGGAAACCUGAUUGCUGCCUUAAGUGUUUAUGGACCAGAGUUCCUUGCUUACUUUGGAUCUUUUGUGACUGUGGGACUUCUGUGGUUUGUUCACCACUCUCUUUUUUUGCACAUAACAAAAACAACAAGACUGAUGGGCUUGCUUAAUACUUUCUCUCUAGCCUUUAUUGGUGGCCUUCCCUUGGCUUAUCAGUUAACUCAUGAGUUUCCAAAGAAUUCUCUCAAUGAACUUGAGGCAAUACAAAUCAGCUGUGUUAUUAUCUUUUUUGCUGGAAUCUUCCAGCUUGCUAUAUGGGUUACUGCUCUUUUCAAUGAAAAAGAAACUUUACAUGUGUAUGUGCGUUAUGGAGGUAAAGAACAUGCAUUUAUGUUUGCCAAGCUUGCAAUUUACCCCUGUGUUACCCUUACAACAUUCUUUCUCACUUGUAUAUUGAGAAGAUUUAGUGCUCAGAUAUUUCACCUCAUGGAAAUCAUUGUACCAUUUGCCUUCCUAGCCCUUCGGAUUGUUGUAAGAGUAGUCUUAGCACUUUUAAAGCUGGUAUUUUGUCCAUCCAAAUCCGUACAUAAUGCAGAUGAUGAUACUCGUUUGCCUUUUAACAGUGUACUGUCCUAAAAUUAUCAUAUUUCAAGGAAAAUAUUGACAUUCUGAAUGUAUAGAGUAUGGGUUUGUUUAAAUGAGGGUUUAUUGCUGCUACAGGCAUGCUGUCUUCAGUUUAAUACCUGCCUAAACAUUUUAUUUAUAAUACUAAUUAUAUAAUACAGUACGUACAAAUCAAGUAUAGCAACAGUUUCAUGACAAGGAAAAUAUAGACAAUAGAUAAAAACUACUAACCGAUUUCCUCAUUGUUUGUUUUCCAAAACAAAUUGUAAGCUUGGCCCAAGAAUAAGUACCUUGCCUCCACUUUUCUCUUUAUGUCUUAAGUGCAAAGAAUGUUUUAACAGUUUUUUUGGUAUUCAUUUUUUUUGGUUUUGUAAAAUCACUGUCUUUUGCAUUUUACUUCAAUCAAAAGUUCCUGCCAGGCCAAAUUUCAAUAUAAACUACACUAAUAAGCUGAAUAGAUGCUUCACUGCCAACCAAGCAACAUAGGCAUCUAUUAUUCCUCUUCUUUUGGCUGCUCCCGUUAGGGGUUGCCACAGCGGAUCAUCUUCUUCCAUAUCUUUCUGUCCUCUGCAUCUU